AUGGGUUCCUUCAAGGUGAUAAUCAUUGGGUCAGGGCUCUCGGGCUCCUUACUAGCCAACGGGCUUGCAAACCACGGCAUCGACUUCCUUGUCUACGAGCGCGAUUCGUGCGACACAAAGAGAGAAGGGUACCAAAUCCGUGUCGGUGAAAAUGCGCUGAUCGGCAUGCGUGCGUGUUUGCGCGUUGAGCACUUGGCUCAGGUCGUCGAGAAUAUUGGUCCCAAUGCCAAGGUCCCAAUCAUCUACGAUAAAACAUUUCAGCAAAUGUUGGACCUCAACCGGUUGCCAGCCUACAGUAAAUCUGUACCCAUUGACCGAGUCGCUCUCCGUGAAGUACUCGCUGGUCCCAUAUUAAAACUUGGAAAGCUCCAUUACGACAAGAAGUUUGUUGGUUGCCAGAUCAUCAAAGAAGAGCAAAAAGAGCUUGUCCGUGUAUUCUUCGAAGACGGGUCGGCAGACACUUGCGAUCUUCUCAUCGGGGCCGAUGGUAACCGCUCGAAGGUUAACGAAAUGUUGGGUGUUAAUAACAUUAAAGCAGUGGAGGGAUUCAGGGCUCUGCUUACUAAAUGUGAUCUGCCGCUUAGUUUAUACAACACCGUUGAUAAAGAGGUCCUCUCUUCCCCAAUUGCAACACUUCAGGAUGGCAAACUAAUGUACUUUUGUGCAUAUCUGCCGGCGGAUUACGCUGCCAAGCGCGAAGCUGGGCAAUCUUCCAACCCGAACGAAGACUUAUCGUCAUGCAUGCUGUCUCUAUGUUGGCCGGAAAAUCUGUCACCUCCUUUGGAUACUAUGAGUUUGGAUCAACGUUGGGGCGCGAUCGCGGACAUCUACAAGGAUUGGUCACCAAAGCACCAUCAGAUCCUGGAACUUUGUCGCGGUCAAGAAAUGUUCAUACUCAGUCCUCGUGUAGGAAUCAAACCGACGGAGAAUUGGCGCAAGGAGGUAGCGACCGCCAGCAAAGGAGCUGCGGGUAGCCCCCAUGUGUGGCUGAUGGGUGAUGCACUCCACCCCAUGCUUCCAAAUAGGGGCAUGGGAGGACAGCAGGCAAUGCACGAUGCUGCAGACGUGUUGCCUCUCAUUCGGAAACUCGCCGCGAAAGCUUCGACUCCGCAAGGGUUACAACCAGAAGAUUUUCAAACAGCCUGUGAUACGUACGAAAAGGGGAUGAUACCACGAGCCUUUGAGUGGGUUCGGAAGAGUGGAGGCGACAAUUUUGUGCCAGUCGAUCUCUCCAAAACUUUGGAUCGCCUUCUACUAGGAAUGUUCUCCCAUAUAAUUCCUGCUGCUAGGUUAGGCUACUGGCUUCUGUCCUUCUUUACGGACACCAGCGGGCGCAGGGACGCACCUGAGUUCGCAAGUUAA